GCUCGUCACGACCGUAUUUUUAAUGAAGAGCGGAAUAUUGCUUUAAUGAUCGACUUUUUCGCUUCAAUGAUAACAGAAUUAUUGUAACAUGGCCUGAAUGGACUCGGUUCAUUUUGUUUUCAUUGUAAAAUGAAGACGUGACAUUGAGCAGUGUUUGUAGGCCGAGGGAGUCCUGAGGAUUUCCUAAAGGAAGUGUGCAGUUCAAUGCGGGAUUUCUGGGGGUGCGUUCGCUGUGACUGCUGGGUUUGUGUAAGUACAGGUUUGGAAAAUAUGAACGCGAAUAGUUGGCGAGAAGUCUUAUGUUCUGGUGAAGCUUCUGUCUUUUACUCUGAGUGGACACACUUGUUAGUUUAAGUAUUUUCGCUCGUCCUAAUAUAUCAUUAGAAACACUUCAGUUGUUAGCAUCGCAGCUUCGUGUUUUACUAAGUAUCGGGGAGAAACGCAGGUUAACUAGCCUCUGUACGGCUAGUUAAUGCACCAGUAGCGCAGACCGGGUUCAGAUCACCGGUACCCUGAACUCACGGCGUCUCCCCGGCUCCGGCCCCCUGAAGCGGGCGGUGAGGAAGAAGCUGGCCGGUAAGGCAUGGCCUGGUGGAGGCUCUCGGGCUCACGGAGCGGCGCUGUUUGAAGGAGGCCGAGUUCGCAUCGAGCACCAGGCUGCUGCGGCGGGUCUUGGAGCGAUUAUGGAGACCGUGAGCCUGAGCGCUUCUGGAAGCAGUGCGCGCAAAAGCGAGGAGAUCGCGGAUCUGAUCGAGCUGUUUUCAAAGACGCAGUACAGAGCCAAUGAGGUUACACCACGGGUGGAGAGAAUAGAGAAGCGAUGCCUGGAACUGUUUGGUCGUGACUACAAGUACAGUGUGAUCCAGAACAGCAGUGGAGAAGUUUGUGGUCAUUACCCGCGCCACAUUGUCUACCUGGAAUAUGAAUGCACUGAGCCCAAUAAGGAGAGUUUUGAGAGUACUGUGCAGAUCAACAGGCUGCAGGAUCUAGUAAACCGCAGUAAAAUGGCCAGAUGCAGGGGGAGAUUCGUCUGUCCAGUUAUCCUCUACAAUGGCAAGCAUGUGUGUCGGUCGUCUACACUGGCAGGUUGGGGGGAACUGUAUGGACGCACUGGUUACAACUACAUCUUCUCUGGGGGUUCUGAUGACACAUGGGCAGAAUCAGAAGAAGUACUAGAUGAUGAUACUGCAGUCCGAAAUGGAGAUUCUCAGCUGUUUGAUAAGGUGAGAGGUUCAGACAUCAAGCUGCUGAAGUAUCUGUCUGUGCGCUACAUCUGUGAUCUGAUGGUGGAAAACAAGAAAGUCAAGUUUGGGCUGAACGUCACUUCUUCUGAGAAGGUGGACAAAGCCCAGCGCUAUGCAGAUUUCACUUUGCUCUCUGUGCCUUACCCAGGUUGUGAGUUCUUUAAAGACUACAAAGACAGAGACUACACAGCAGAAGGGCUAGUCUUCAACUGGAAUCAGGACUUUGUGGACGCUCCCUUGACAAUCCCUGCGUGUUUCACCAAGAACCUGAACAUUGACUGGAGUGCAUAUCAGUCAUGGGACCUGGUGCAACAGACCCAGAAUUAUCUGAAGCUGCUUCUUCACAUCAUCAACAGUGAUGAUGAAAGUGGUCUUCUGGUGCACUGUAUAUCAGGAUGGGACAGAACUCCACUUUUUGUCUCACUCAUUAGACUUUCACUGUGGGCUGAUGGUGCUGUUCAUGCAAGUCUGGAGCCAGCUGAGAUUCUGUACCUGACUAUUGCUUAUGACUGGUUUCUUUUUGGUCACAUGCUGCCUGAUCGUCUCUCUAAAGGAGAGGAAAUUUUCUUUUUUUGCUUCAAUUUUUUGAAGCACAUUGUCUCUGAGAAUUUCUCAGUUGUUAGGAAGCAAAGGAGGAAAAACUCUCAGUUUAAGGACACUGAUUUCACAGUGGAUGACCUCUGCCAGCUUAAAUCCAGAGACAGAGGUAGUACGACCAGCCUGAGUAGUGAUUUCUCUCUCAUUACUGAGGACACAGCUGCUCCCUCCAGCCUGCCUGCUGAGCCAGUGGACCUUAUCACCGGGCCUCUGUCCUUCACUGGAAGGAAAGCUAUGACCUCGUCUCCUCAGACUGUGCUUUGGAACCGGGCAAUCCCAAUUGAGGAGCGUCUACCUCAUCCAGUCUUGGAGGGCAAAUCCUCAAGUUCCUCAUCCUCCAAUCAAUCAGAACAGGGCUUUAUCCGUACAGGCAGCAGCCCUCUGGCUGUUCCUGGGAGAAGGUCCCUUGUAGAGUAUGCUCGUUCGGGCUCCUCUAUCUCUACAGAAUAUGGUAGCUGGCAGAUCGUCUCAGGCUGUGGAAGCAUCCACGAUGGGGCUCCUCUUCCUAUAGAGUCUCCACUGCCCUUCAGCUUUCAGGAUGAGGGGCCCAACGGCCGCAUGUGUUCAUAUGUAUUUGAGAGGCAGGCUCGACUGGAAGCGGUCAGGGAGGUGUUUCUGGCGGCAUACAGUUCCACAGUAGGGCUAAAGUCCACCUCUCCCAGUCCAUCUGGAGCGAUUUCGGGUCUGUUGGAGCAGUUUGCCCGGGGCGUUGGCCUCCGAGGCACUAAUUCAAUUGUCUGAAUCCAACUUCUUCCACUCUCCCUCCCUUUGGUUUUUCCAUCUCACCUGUGUGGUAGAACUGAAUCACCAAUCAUCAGGAUUAGUUCUUUAUUUUUCAUACCAUGAUGUGAUCUAAUCAUCCAAUGAUUUAAGUCUAAAGUUUAAUUUAACUCCACCGUUAUGUCUGCUGAAAUCCAGAAAUCCAGAAAUCCAGAAGCAUCCUGUUGUCUUAACAAAUGGUCUUUAAAAUGAUAGUUUUCACUUGACUUGUCAAUUCAUUACAGCCUUCCUGCUUGUUCUGAUCUUUUUAUUGCUCUGGUUUUCUCUCACUGUCUGCACACUAUUCCAGUAGAGAAAAUGUGCCAAACUUAUACAUGGGCCUAUUCUUUUUUUAAUGGUUUUAUUUGUUCUUUUAUUGGUUUUUACACACUGAAUGUCUUGCUUUUUAUCCUCUCCUUCCACCUUAAUUAGGUCAAAUGAGAUUAUAGUGAAGGAGACAAUGAUUGUAGUUUGACCACAAAAAGGGAAAGGAUUACUUUAAAAGCUCUUUGCAUGUCUGUAGCCAUAUUACUGCUACAGCGAAAUGUAGUCAUAGACAAAUUCUUUAAAUGUGAUUUCUGUGUGGACCUCAAAGACUGUGCUUUUUUUUUUUAAUGAAUUUUAAUGGACAACAGAUUUUGUAAAUUUCCUUGAAUUAAAAUGUUUUGGUGCCUCCAUUUGUCUUACAAUCUUAAAUACACUUGAAUAUGUAAAGCUUUGGGCUCUGAUGUAUCUCAACAAGUGAGAUCUUUAGAGUGUAUAAAUCUGGAUAAGAGGAUGACGGUUCUUACUUAGUUAGUGGAAGGACACAAGGGUUUAAUUGGUUGGAUGAAGCAAUAUGAAACAACUGUUCAAAACUUACCUAUGUUCACAGCUUGUUUAGUACAUACUUUAGAUUUUUUAUUUAAUUUUACAUUAAACAGUUACAGAAGUAGCAAUGAUCACUCUACUUCCCUUAGCCAACUCAAAAGCAUAUGUAUUCACCCCAGGUUUACUUUUUGUGGCUGGUUUUAUGGGGGCUGCUAAUGGUUCCAGUCUAGGUCAUUUUCAUCUAAUGUUUUGAAUCAGUGGUAAAAUAAUGACAUGGCAAAUGGUUUGAUUUAAUUGAUUAAAAUUCCCAGCUUUAAUUCAGAUACAUGUGUGCAGUGCUACCUCCACUACAUUUCAUAUAUGACAAAGAUUUCUGCUGUUUUACUUAAGCCAGGGGUUCUUAACUUUAAAUACCUCGCUAUCUAUCCCCAUUCUUUAAAAUUCCCACAUGCACAUGGCAAUUUUGUGCUGUGGAUUAAUAACAAUCAUAUUGCCAGCUCACCUUGUUGAUUCUUGGACCUUUGCAUUAAUUGGAUGAAUCUAAAUAGGUUCCAGAUUUGUAGGACUAAAGUCGCAAAUAGAUUCUGCACUGAGAAACUAGACUAUUUCUGUUCUUUAGGUAUAUAAAGGGUAUCUUCUCUGUCUGUUGAGUGUAAUCUGGUGUAAAGCAAAAUUGCAAAUGAAAGGCUUAUCAGAUGAAUGAAGUACGCAAGUCAGUCAUCGAGACUUAACUGACUGUUGUGACCUGCAAGAGGCAAAUUUAUACAUACAUACAUUUCUGAUGCGUAUACCAAUAUAUUCAUUAUAGCAUUACUUUUUACGAUUCCCAAGGACCUUUUUUCGUGGACCUCUUGAGUUGAGAAUCCCUGGCUUCAGGUGUUUUAACUAUUUUGACUAUGAAAUGAUUUUGUCCAUGUACCUGUUGGUGCUUAAUGGAGAGAGAUUUAAAUCACGUAACAAAUGCUAUCAUUGUUGUAGACAUUGUAAAAUGCAGUGCACACAUUAGUGGGUUGAGUGUACCACUGCAUGCCAGAAAUCUGAGAUUAACGGAGAUUUUGUGAAGUAAUAACAUUAGCCAUGUUCCUAAUAUGCUAGUUGGUUAACAGCUCCAUUCAUUGUGGCACAAAUGCUUUACUAGUUUUGCUUUGAUUGUCUUCAUGAAUCUUUUUUUUUGACGUGUCACUUUUUAAAGUUGCGUACAUGGCAUUCUUUUGUACUAUAUCAAUUACAUUUCAAUUUGGCAUGAGUUGCCACUUUGAAAUAUUUCUUAAAUAUUAAAGCAGCACUUAAAAUUACCCAUUAUCGCAGGUAAAUGUUCUUAAUGCCAAACGGUUUUGAUGGCGUUUUUACCUCAGGACCACCAUUUGUUGUGCCUUUUUUCUAUUAAUAAAGAUAAUUUCUUUAGUGUUUAAACACUUUUUCGGUUCAGUACACUAUUUACCUUUAAAUACUUUUUCCUCAUUAUGCCAUGGAAUUGUUUCACAUGAUUUAUUGUACUGUGUAAUUUCAUAUAUGUUUCUAUUCUGAUUUCUUAAAUUCUUAAAUGAUGGUGGUUUUGAAUUAGCUUUGUGACUAUAGGAAGAUAAUAUAGAGCUUGUGGUUGUGCAUAAAUCAAAACAGGCAUUCAACAGUGGAAGCAUUACAAUAGUAGUCAAGCACUUUGCAUGAUCUUUCACAUUUUCCUUGCUUGUUUUGCCCCCAAAUUUUGAUGAUUUAUUUUCCCAGUUUAAAGCCAGAUGAGUAGAAUUUGGUGUGUAUGUUUACCUGUUUUACAUAUUUUAAGAUGUGCACUGUUUUAAGAUGUGAAUAUUUUAAGACGUGCAGCACAUCUGUUUCAUUGUACGGUGUUUUUGUUGGUUUUUAUUUUAUGGAUUCUUCCUUGAUAUUGUCCUCCCUGGGGCUGUGGAGAUGAAUCAGAUGUUCUUCCAUUGUAAAUAAAAAUUAAAUGAAAUAA